UUCAGCAAUCCAACGGAACACAUCCGCGAUUGAAUUUAAUAAACGUGUUCAUGACAGAAAACGAUACAGAACGAUUAAAAUAGUGUUUUAGUCCAACAUCAAAGCGUCAAUUAAAUCAAUGACUGAAUUUUACAAUAAAUCUCGUAAAACACUUAAAAUUCCAGGAUAUUUUAACCAGACUAAUUAGAAGUUACAAUAUACAGUAUAGAUCCAAGAGACUUUAGUUUUAUCCAGAGAUUCAGGUGAUUCCCGUCCAGAUUAAAUAGAAGAUAUGGCGGAAAAGUCUCCAAAUGAUGAAAGUGGCCUAGAUGAUUCAAUAUCUGGUGAAUUUCCAGAAAAUGCUGAUAGUACUGAGAAAUCACAGAAGUUGAAUGAAAGUGAUACAGGCACGGUGCCUAAAAAGAUACGUCUGCAUACCCCUAGUCCUGGUCCUGAGCCAUUCAUGGUACAACCAUCUCCUCCAAAGUUUGUAACAUUUGAUGACUUGAUGGCUGCUGCAAGUGGUGUAAGGAAUAUGAGUCUUGCCCAUGAGAUUGCUGUUGAUUCCAACUUUAAAUUUGAGAAUGUGCAACAAACUGGGUCUAGUCUGCAGAAGCAAGUGAAAGAAAUUAUACACAAAGCAUUCUGGGAUGCAUUCAGUGAGAAGUUGGAGGAAAAUCCACCUGACUUUGGACAUGCUGUGGUUCUCAUUAAAGAAGUGAAAGAGAGUUUGAUGUCUGUGUUAUUGCCCCAGCAUAAACGCUUACAGUCACAGAUGGAGGAAGUUCUUGAUCUAGAUCUUAUUCAACAGAAGCUUGAGAAUGAUGCAUUUGACAUUUAUUACUACUCCGAUUAUGUAGUAGGCAUUAUGGGUAAAUUGUGUGCUCCUGCCAGGGAUGAUCGUAUAGCCAAAUUGAAGGAAACGAAAGAAAUUGUGCCACUGUUUAAGGAAAUAUUUGAAGUUCUUGACCUGAUGAGGAUGGAUAUGGCUAACUUCACCAUACAACAGAUUAGACCAUACAUACAGCAACAAUCAGUAGAAUUCGAGAAGAAAAAGUUUGAAGAAUUUAUAAAGAAACAGCAAGAGGCUGGCAUAGACGGUCUUGAGCUUACAAAGUGUUGGUUGGCAAGAAGUUUGGAGAAUUUAAAGUCAAGGCCAGUAGCUCCUGAAGAGGAAGUUUCCCAACCAAACAUGCCCACCCCAGCAGCUAUUCUAAAUGGUGCUUAUAUGGAAUUAUUGCAGUGGGAUACUAGCAGAAUUUUUCCAGAGACCCUUGUAUUAGACCAAAGUAGAUAUCUUGAGUUACGAGAACAGACACUGCGUCUCACCAUGGUAACAUCAAUAUUACUGGUGACCUUUAACACAGUAGGUCAAUCUAUAGCUGGUGUACAGUCACUCAAAGUAAAACUAAAAGAAGAGAUAUGUACUCUGUUAGAAGGUGGAGAAGAAGCAGGGAAUAUAGAAACAGCCUUAGAGAAUAUUAGUGAGCAAGUAAGCAUGAAUGUUGAAGUGUUCCUGAAAGAUCACGGUUUCCAACCACGCAGUGAAACACAGAAAACAUCUCUCAAGGGACAAAUUGUAGCACUGAAGGAAAAAGAUAACCAAAUUUACACAAUAAUGUCAAAGCGAGUUAUAGACUUCAUACAGCAAACAUUGUUUUCAAAGUUAACAGAACCGCUAAAAAUUCCAGCAGGGAUGUCAGUGAUGGAGAAAGAACUGUCUCAGAUUUGUGGACAAUUUCUACGACUCAUUUCUCACAACAAAUCUGUGUUUGGUCAGUACUAUGCUAGUAUUAUUGGAACAUUGAUAAAACCAUUACAGACUGAUCCCGCCUCCACAGAUCAUGUGUCCUAGCUGAACAAAUUUUAAUGUAUGAACAACUGUGGCGAGUUGUCCCGUAUAGUGCAUGACAUCAAUCUGCUAUCUAAUAUGCAUUUGUCUCCUUACAUAAUAUUUAUGCUUCCAUAAUGGAUGUACAUUGAAUUUGUUGUAUACAGCUUGUAUUCAGAUUUAUUCAGCAGAAAGUUACCAGUUUAUGAAUUUAUAAUGAAGUGGGGAAAUAUGUAAAUUAUUUAUUAUUUAUAAUUAAACUUUGAUAAACUAAAGAUAUUAUGAGUUGCUGCGUUGCCAAGUGUUUAACAUGUUGCCAUGUAUUUAAAACGUUGGACUAGUAAUCUAAGGAUUGUUAUCUGCUUGGGUUUAGACCUGUUUGGAGCAAGCCAUUGUUUCCUUGAUUAAAAUUUUUACACUCAUUGCUUCGUACUGGUUGUUUCCGGGAACAGAUUUGAGAGUGUUUCAUUAAGCUUAUAGCUUCCAACACAAUCACACUAAAAUAAAUUUGUAUAAACUAAACUAAAUAUAAACACUGUAACAUUGAGUUAUGAUGUCACAUAUUUCAUUGAACUAGUGAUGUCAAGAUUUUCAUUAGAAAAUUUCAUUUACAUACAAAAAAAUAGUGCUUUUCAUUUGACCAAUUCAGCUCAGAAUUGAGUAUCAUUUUGAGCUAAUAAAAUAUAUAAUGUGUUAUAAAAGUUUACCAUAUUAGAAGGGUUUUUUUUUUAGGCUCUCCAGAGGACUCUCAGUUUUUCAUAGUUAUCUUUCUUUUUAAAACUGGUAGAAUUUUUAAAGCUUGAUUGGUUUUCGAAGUAUUUAUUUCAUUUAUAUAAGUUUUUUUCUUUUUAAAUUCUCUAACAUAUUCUUUCUGAUCAUUGAAGUUCAGUGUUUUAUUACAAAAGUAUUGUGCACAACAUGUGUGGAUAUAAAUGUAUCAUGAUAAUUUAUAGAAUUUUUCAAAAUUUGCAAUUUUCCACAUUGUUGCUUUAACAUGUAGGAGCUUCCUAGAAGUAGAGGUGCCAUUUUUUCCCAAUUUGAUUUUUUCAUUUUUUAUGAACAAUUUUGCAACGUUUGGCAAGUUUUUUUCUGCAAGAGAGCCUUUAUCAUACAGCAUCACCUUUCAACAGGAGUGGGCUGAAACAUCUGUGAUGAAAGCUUAUCAGAAUUACCUCAGUGCAUCUUCCUAUAGGGAUUUUUUCUAUUUUUUUAAUAAUGAACAAUCAAUUUUCUUUAUGUGAAUUAAACAAGAAUGCAACUCUUACAGAUAAAACAGAUCCUGUGAGGUACCAUAAAAUUCCUAUCAAACUAAAUAAAUAAUAAUAAAGAAAAAUCCGCUCACCAGUGCUGGAGUAAAUCCUUAAUUUUAUUCAAAUCCCUCAGAAUCAUGUUUAUAUUAUAGCAAACACAAAAAUUUAUCAUAUAAACUUUUACACAAAUGCACUUGAAUGUUAUAACAAAAACAUAUUUAUAAUGAUUUUAGGAAAAACUGUUUUUAAGAAACGGUUCACCCCCCCCCCCCCCCCCUUUGGAAAAUGUUAGCCCCCCCCCCCCCAGGGGCGUUUAAUAGGAAUUUUCCUGUAUUUCUGUUACCUGAGUGUUAUGUUUGAUAGGUCCUACAAAAUUUAAUGUUUUAAUACAAAAAAUGAUAUUGUUGCCAUAUGAAUUUUCCACUUGUUAUGCCCCCAUUUCGAAGAAAAGGGGGUAUAUUGCUUUGCACUUGUCGGUCCGUUGGUCCGUCGGUCCGUAGACCAAAUGGUUUCCGAGUGAUAACUAAAGAACCCUUAGGCCUAGGAGUUUCAAACUUGGUAUGGUGAUUGGUCAUGACCAGUAGAUGACCCCUAUUGAUUUUUGGGGUCAAGGGGUCAAAGGUCAAGGGCACAUUGACCUUGUAAGCAAAAACAGUUUCCGAUCAUUAACUAAAGAACCUUAAGGCCUAGGAACUUCAAACUUGGUAUGGUGAUUGUUCAUGACCAGUAGAUGACCCCUAUUGAUUUUGGGGUCAAGGGGUCAAAGGUCAAGGUCACAUUGACCUUGUAAGCAAAAACGGUUUCCGAUCAAUAACUAAAGAACCUUAAGGCCUAGGAACUUCAAACUUGGUAUGGUGAUUGGUCAUGACCAGUAGAUGACCCCUAUUGAUUUUAGGGUCAAGGGGUCAAAGGUCAAGGGCACAUUGACCUUGUAAGCAAAAACGGUUUCCGAUCAAUAACUAAAGAACCUUAAGGCCUAGGAACUUCAAACUUGGUAUGGUGAUUGGUCAUGACCAGUAGAUGACCCCUAUUGAUUUUGGGGUCAAGGGGUCAAAGGCACAUUGACCUUGUAAGCAAAAACGGUUUCCGAUCAAUAACUAAAGAACUUUAAGGCCUAGGAACUUCAAACUUGGUAUGGUGAUUGGUCGUGAUCAUUAGAUGACCCCUAUUGAUUUUGGGGUCAAGGGGUCAAAGGUCAAGGGCACAUUGACCUUGUAAGCAAAAACGGUUUCCGAUCAAUAACUAAAGAACUUUAAGGCCUAGGAACUUCAAACUUGGUAUGGUGAUUGGUCAUGAUCAGAAGAUGACCCCUUUUGAUUUUGGGGUCAAGGGGUCAAAGGUCAAGGUCACAUUGACGUUGUAAGCAAAAACGGUUUCCGAUCAAUAACUAAAGAACUUUAAGGCCUAGGAACUUCAAACUUGGUAUGGUGAUUGGUCAUGAUCAGCAGAUGACCCCUAUUGAUUUUGGGGUCAAGGGGUCAAAGGUCAAGGUCAUGUUGACCUCUUGGGUAAAAACGGUUUCUGAUCAAUAACAAAAGAACCCUUAGGCCUAGGAACUUCAAACUUGGUAUGGUGAUUGGUCAUGACCAGCAGAUGACCCCUAUUGAGUUUUGGGUCAAGGGGUCAAAGGUCAAGGUCACAUUGACCUUGUAAGUAAAAUCGGUUUCUGAUCAAUAACUUAAGAACGCUUAGGACUAGGAACUUCAAACUUGGUAUGGUGAUUUGUCAUGACCAGCAGAUUACCCCUAUUGAUUUUGGGAUCAAGGGGUCAAAGGUCAAGGUCACUUUGACAUUGUAAGUAAAAACGGUUUCUGAUCAAUAACCUAAAGAACGCUUCGGCCUAGGAACUUCAAACUUGGCAUGGUGAUUGGUCAUGACCAGCAGAUGACCCCUAUUGAUUUUGGGGUCAAAGGUCAAGUUCACAUUGACCUUGUAUGUUAAAACGGUUUCCGAUCAAUAACUAAAGAACCAUUAAGCCUAGGAACUUCAAACUUGGUAUGGUGAUUGGUCAUGACCAGCAGAUGACCUAUUGAUUUUGGGGUCAAGGGUUCAAAGGUCAAGGUCACAUUGAACUUGUAGGUAAAAACGGUUUCCGAUCAAUAAACUAAAAACGCUUAGGCUUAAGAACUUCAAACUUUGUAUGAUGAUUGGUCGUGACCAGCAGAUGACCCCUAUUGAGUUUUGGGUCAAGGGGUCAAAGGUUAAGGUCAUGACCAGUAGAUACUUGAUAACCCUUAUUAAUUGUUUGAUCACUGGGUCAAAAGUCAGCAUAAUAACCUUAUCACAUGACUAAUUGGCUGCUGAUAGGGGGCAUACAUGUUUUACAAACAUAUCUUGUUUUAAAAGAAGUUUGCAUCCUUUAUGUAUAUUGUUCCAUGUUGUUUUCAGCAUAACAAAUAAAAUUUCCCGUUAGCUCUA